UUAGCAUUGUUGUUGUUGCUUCGGUUUUUCUCAAUAACUUUACAAAUCGCAGCGCUCGACGCUCGACGACGCGUGUGCAAAAACAAACAUUGCCAAGCAUUUCAUUCUAUGCUGGCCAUAAUAGCUCAUACGCCCCAUUGUCCUCACCACGUUAUGUAAAUUUAAAUUGUGUCGGCUGCUCGGCUGUGUUCCUUGAUUUAAACAGUGCUCUCUAAUUGUUUGCUUGCACUUGCAAAAAAAAAAAUAAUAACAAACUGACACACAUAUACAAACGUACAUGUGUGUGUGUGUGAAUGUCAAUGUCAAUGGCCUGCAGCUGAACAAAAAAUAGAAAAGAAAGGCUUAACGGUUUGGCAGUAAUGUGGAUAUGAAACGGAAUCAGCAUUGAUGACGUCACUACUGGAAAUUAUAAUGCGAUCGAAAGCGAUUGCCAGAAAAUUAAGUCAAGGCUCCAACGGCGAGGACUACGAUCCGAGUCUGGUGCGCCAUCCACAUCAUCAUCAUCAUCAUCAUCCGCAUCAUUUGGAUCUCGGCACUGCGCUCGGUCCAUUGCCGCCGGCGCAUCUAGCGGCACGCCCACAGCAACAAUAUAUGCGCCAAUUGCCGCCCACGAUAUCUCCGCCAGCGCCUUCGCUACAGCCAGAUCUGUCGCCCAGCAGCAAGCACCACAACAACAGCAACAACAACUCCUCCAGCUGCUCCAGCUCCUCGCUGAACAACGCGUCCAACCAAAGCAGCCACAGCAUGGAGCUCCUGCUCAAUGAUAAGGCGCAGGCGGAGCGCUUUCUGCUGGAAAUGGCGCGUCUGCGCGAACCUGUCUGUGAUCUGGAUAUACGUGAUAGUGGCGUCUAUGCCAAGACACAUUUGCCACGCGGCACGCGCUACGGACCCUUCCCCAUGCGUCUCUGCCAGCAGCCAAGCGAUCGACACCUGGCCUGGGAGGUCAUUGCUGGUCCUUUAUUUCAUGGCUGGCUCGAGCCCUCAUCCGAUGUGGCCACAUGGCUGCGUAAAAUACGCGCGCUGCAAAGCGAUGAAGUCGACGAGGCUAAUUUAAGGAACUUCAUAAUUGCCGGCUAUCUGUGGUACGAGACCAAAAGGGACGUGAAUGCUGGCGAUGAAAUUGUGCUGGAUGCGCGAGCCAAAACACCCUAUGACAUAAGCGAUAGCUUUAUGAAUGGGGGCGGCGGUGCAGCGGCGCAGGCUGGCGGUGCAACAGCAGCGGCCACAGCAAUGGCAGCGGCGGUUACAGCGGCAAAUAGUUCAUUACCCAGCGACGAUCGCAGCGACCGCGAUAACGGCUCCCACUAUAGCGGCGACGAAUUCUCCAAGGACAAGAAAAACUCUUCGAUAAACAGUCAAGGCGAUAACGAUUUCACAGACGAUGAAAACGGUUUCGAUAUACGCUGUGAGCUCUGUGAUAAUGUCUAUACGGAUUUAGAACGCCUGGACGAUCAUCUGGUGGUGCAACAUCAAAUCAAACGCGGUGAAUACCCCUGCGACCUCUGCUCCCAGCGCUUCUGUCUGCGUCCUCUGCUGAUCAAGCACGGUGCCAUCGCCCACAAUAAUAUACGCAAAUAUUCCUGCGAGAAUUGCUCCAAGGUAUUUUGUGACCCAUCGAAUUUACAGCGUCAUAUUCGCGCCUAUCACGUCGGCGCACGCAGUCAUCCGUGUCCGGAGUGCGGCAAGACGUUUGGCACCUCAUCGGGCUUGAAGCAACAUCAGCAUAUACACUCAUCCGUUAAGCCCUUUGCCUGCGAGGUUUGCUUUAAGGCCUACACUCAGUUCUCCAAUCUCUGCCGGCACAAGCGCAUGCACGCCGAUUGUCGCAUGCAGAUCAAGUGCACCAAGUGCGGCCAGAGCUUCAGUACGGUCACCUCGCUGUCCAAGCACAAAAAGUUCUGCGACUCUUCGCACAGCUUCAGCAAUCCAGCCAGUCGCCUGCACAAGCAGCAGCAGCAGCAGCAGCAACAACAACAGCAGCAACAUCCGCAGCAGCAGCAGCAGCAACAGCAACAGCAGCAAUCAGCGCCGCAGCCGCCACUGCUGCUGCCACAAGUUCCGCAUCAACGUCUGAGCGCCAACAGUGACAACAGCAACGCGCCAGCGAUGGCUACGCCACCCAAUCAUCUGUUCAUGAUGCGUCCACCGCCAGCAUUCUUUGCCGGCUUUCCGCACUACGGCAUGCACAACUUUUUCACGUCCGGCGCCAACUUUCCGCUGCCGCCAAUGUUUGCCAAUGCGCAGCCACUGGGCGACAUGGCGCGCGGACUGGCGCCGCUGGUGCAGCAGAACGCUGCAUUCCAGCAGCAGCUGCAGGCAGCCAUGUGCCUGAAGGCCGAGUCGCCGCCAAGUCGUCUCAAGCGCGACUGCAGCACGCCCGAGACGAAAUGCUACAAGCCGGACAGCUCUGCCUACUACAAGGAUGAGAGCUAUGAGCUGCAGCUGCCCAGCCUCAAACAGGAGUCGGCUGUAAAGCUGGAGCUGGAGCAGCAGCAGGAACAAGAUGAUGUCGAUAAUGAUAGAAAAUCCAUUGACAUUGUCAGCACGCCGCCGCCUGCUGAAGACGAAGCCGAGCCAGCAGCUGUUGGCGCCACCGAGUUGCCUUUGGACUUGUCCAUAAGCCGCAAGCGCAAGCAGCAUAGAGCAGCAGCGCCCGAAAGCGUUAGCAGUCGCGCCAGCUCGCCAGAGCUUGAGCUGGAUGCAGAGGAUGAGCCUGCGCUGAAGCGUCGCUUGCUCAAGCACAGCUCGGGCGAGUCUUCGACCUCGAGGCAAAGCUUUAAGGGCAGCAGUCCAACGCCCAGCAUAAGCGCCUCGGCUGGACCCACGCCCUCGCCCUCACCGCCCAUCAGCAGCACAGGCGGUGAGCUGAGCAGCAUGUCGGAGCGCACUGAGCCGGCGAACGGGCUCUCGGCCAAUGCGCAGACGCUGCAUCCGCGGCUGCUGCUCGAGGAACUCUAUCGCGCAAGCCUUCAACCUCAGGCGUUUCCUUUUUUAGGCCAAAUGGGCGGACGGCGAGAUUUUAAGCACAACGCUGCUGCAGCAGCAGCCGCAGCAGUAGCUGCGACGCCAUUCGGCAGCUUGUGCCACCAGCCGCUUCCGCCCGACCAUGAUUUCCACGAGGCGCUCUCCGCCGCUGGCUUCUCCAGCAAUAUGCUGGCUGCCGUCAAGGCCGUCGUCGGCCAGCCGCCCCGUCGUCCGCCCAGCUUGAUCAGCAGCAGCGCUGCGCUGAAAGGUCGCUACACUUGCAAAUUCUGCGGCAAGGUAUUUCCACGCUCCGCCAAUCUGACGCGACAUCUGCGCACCCACACGGGCGAGCAGCCGUACAGCUGCAAGUUCUGCGAUCGAGCCUUUAGCAUCUCAUCGAAUCUGCAGCGCCAUGUGCGCAAUAUACACAACAAGGAGAAGCCAUUUCAAUGCGACAGAUGCGAACGCUGCUUUGGCCAGCAGACGAAUCUCGACAGGCACAUCAAGAAGCAUGAGGCGGAUGCCGGCGGCUGCGAGUACAACGACUCGCCCAGCAGCAAUGAAGCCAUCGAGCGUGAUGAUGCCUGCUUCGAUGACAUACGCUCGUUCAUGAAACACGCCUGCACGCCCUUGAGUGUGAGCGGCCUGGGCGGGGCUGAUGCCGAUGCCGACACCGAGGAGCAGAGCGAUGAUCAAUUGUCCGUCUCCACGGGCUACGACAAGGAGCUGCUCAGGAAUGGCAACCACAACAACAACAACAACAACAACAGCAAUAGCAGCAGCAAUAACAAUAACAACAACAACAACAGCAUUGCCGUGAGCACUUGAAUUAUGUUAACAAUUGAUUUUGAACUCUAAA